ACGUCCUGCAGCGCGAAAACCGCAAUCUCGCCAUCCUCGGCUCAAAAUCAAGCAGACCUCGCAACACACCCGCGCAAGAAGAAGAGUUUAAUAAGCGGCUCCAAAGCGCGCGAACAUAUCUCGCGUGGCUCGACGGCUCAGAUAUUAGUGGUGCCGAUGUGGUGAAUUCCCAUCUCAAGAACGCCCUCGAGAGAUUGGUGGCCAAUGCUGCUACGCUGCCCCAGGACGUCAACGAUCGUGCUAUUGACCUCACGCAGCGAUUCGAGCACACCACGGUGAUUGAAGACCCAGAGGAUGCCUCACAGCAAAGUGAUGAUACUAGUGAUGACGAGCUCACGACUGCUUCUGCGACGAUGGCAGGCACAGCAACCGCUGAAUUCGACCUGCCACCCCCCAGCCACCGCAUCUUCGGAACACACGGAAUCAUGCACGGCGUCAUUACUAGGCGUGGAAAGAACAACCGAGUCGUCAGACGUCUCAAUCCGUAUUUACAGAAGAAGAGGGCAACAGUCUUUGGCCACAAUGGCAUCCCUGUGGGAUCUUGGUGGCCUCUCCAGCUAGUUGCCCUGUUCAACGGUGCACACGGCAGUGCGAUGGGCGGCAUCUGCGGCGAUGUCCAGCUUGGGGCCUACUCCAUCCUAAUUGCAAACACUUACGACGAUCUGGACACUGACGAUGGCGAUGUCAUCUACUACUCUGGGUCCAACAGCCAUAAGAACAAGAACCCCAACCGCCCUGAGGAUUCGAGCCGGGGUACAUCAGCCUUGAAGGCUUCCUUUCGCACGCAGAACCCCGUGCGCGUGCUGAGAUCAGGAGGGUCCACCGCAGUCACCAGCCGCUCCAGCAACAAGUAUCUGCCGAGGGCCGGGGUUCGCUACGACGGCUUGUACCGGGUCGUGAGCAUGCGCACGCCGAAGAACAGUAACGGCGGCCUAUAUGAGCAAUUCCGGCUGGAACGACUUGACGGCCAGCCGUCACUAUCAGAAAUCCGGCGAUCGUCGCCGACCACGCAGCAGCUUCUAGAUCUGGAGGAAAUCCAGCGAGGCUACUGAGAGGAGCGACUGCUCGCCACGAGAUGACGCCGAGUUCCGCUCACGGAAGUCUAACUGCGAGUUAUGCCUUGGAAGCAACGGGCACCAGGAAGAGAGGCAUGCGUCAGCUUCGUGGCGGUGACCUGGGGCAUGAGUCGGCGACGACCUUGGCGAAAGCAUAUCCGCCAAAGUUAAAUGAUUCUCAGGAAUGACGGGGACAAGGGUAUGCAAUGCACAGUUAGGGUGUUACUAACACCGCGAACGAGUAACCAAGGGCUUCGUCCGCCAUAGUGUGGAGCUGGGGACUGCGAACGAGCAGACUCUUGGUGAUAGAGGAAACGGAAUGAGAAAG